CCGCCCCCUUUCGACUACAGGCAUUUGUAUGCUGAUGUGUCCGUACUGGAAUAUAGAUGUCUCUCGCCAUCAGUCGCUUAAGAAAAGCACAAAUACGAUGCGGUCACUAUGAACGCGAAAUAUGCUCUUAGAGUUUUAUCAUCUGAUGUCAAUGGAGGCACCGCAGGAAACUCAUCUGUAAGAAUAAAGCCUUGAUUUAUUCAGUGAUGUUUCUCUAUAUGUUACACAACUGAUGUUCCUCGUUAUGGAAAAUAAAGAGUGAAAGACUAAAGACUGCCAGUUUAAACCGCGAUCGACUCCAGUGAAGUAGAAUUCAAAGCCACGUCACUCCAUCAAGAUGUUCUCCGCUCUGAAGAAGUUGGUCGGUUCGGAGGCUCCUGUCCAACAACGGGAGAAGAACAUUCCUGCAGGACUGCAGUCCAUGAAUCAGAGUCUGCAGAGACGAUUUGCCAAAGGAGUCCAGUACAACAUGAAGAUCGUGAUCCGUGGGGACAGGAACACAGGGAAGAGCACACUGUGGCAGCGUCUACAGGGAGGGAAGUUCCAGGAGGAGUACAUCCCUACGCAGGAGAUCCAGGUCACCAGCAUCCACUGGAACUACAAGACUACUGACGACGUGGUGAAAGUGGAGGUCUGGGACGUUGUGGAUAAAGGCCAAAAAAUCCCUCUUCCUGAAGGUGUAGGCAGAGGGAAAAAGCGAGCAGACACGCUGAAGCUAGAGAAUGAUCCUCAGGAGGCUGAGAACGAGAUGGCCCUGGACGCUGAGUUUUUGGACGUCUAUAAGAACUGUAACGGCGUCAUCAUGAUGUUUGACAUCACAAAGCAAUGGACUUAUAACUACAUUUUGCGGGAGUUGCCCAGAGUGCCGACCCACGUGCCGGUGUGUGUGCUGGGUAAUCAUCGGGACAUGGGCGAGCAUAGGGUCAUCCUCCCUGAUGACAUCCGAGACUUCAUCAACAGCCUCAACAGGCCACUUGGUUCUUCCUACAUCCACUACGCCGAGUCUUCCAUGAAAAACGGUUUCGGACUCAAAUACCUGCACCGAUUUUUCAACAUUCCUUUCUUGCAGCUUCAGCGAGAGACGCUGUUACGGCAGCUGGAGACCAACCAACUGGACAUUGAUGCCACACUGGAGGAGCUGACGGUUCAGCAGGAGACAGAGGAUCAAAAUUACGAAAUAUUUUUAGAGAUGAUGGAAGCGCGUGCUAAAGGCUACAGAUCUCCCACCGACGCUAACGGUCAGAGCCCCUCGUCAGGCUCACAGUCCCCUGUGGUCCCAGCCGGUGCCAGCUCUACAGGCAGCUCCAGCCCCGGCACUCCACAGCAACCCCCCAUCAUCGGGCAGAACCCGCAGUUACCCUCCACCUCACCGCCUGUGGAUGCUCAGAUACCCGUCUCUCUUCCUCCAGCUUUCGUUCCGUCUCCGUCUCCCGCUCAGCAGCUGCAGAAACGCAGUUUCAUCUCCAGGCUGUUUGGCUCCACUGCCGCCCCUGAGACACCCACUUCUGUCCUCGAGACGGAGCCUGCAGCGUCCCGGACCCCGGUCACGGUGCAGUGUGUGGACGACUUUGUGCCAGACGAAGGACUGGAUAAGAGUUUCUUAGAAGACAGCGUCGCCUCCAGCGCCAAACAGGGCAUGAACACCGGGCCCCAGCCGACCGCGAUAGACAGCGACAGUGAUGGAGAAGGAAGAGGAGGGAACCCCAUGGUGGCAGGGUUUCAGGACGAUCUGGACCCCGACGAUGCUGCGCCCAUGCAGCAGCCCACAUCCUCGGUCCCGAGUAAAGAUCUAAACAUCACCUUAUCCAGCGACGAGGAAGAGACUGCAGCCAAACCUGUCGUGUUUAAAGAUGAAGAUCUGGAUAUCCAGCUGGAAAGCCACCUGGACGACUUCAGCUCUCUGGCGCUGGAGGAAAAACCCAAACUCGUGAAGUCCCUGCCUUCAGAGCCUUCGAUCCUCACGCCGACUCCUGCGCACGUCUCACAAAAUCCACACACACACUCGCCUUCCAAGGGGGGGAAAGCGAAAGGGCCUCUUCCUCAGGGUGGCGACUCCUCCGAUACGGAUCCCGAGGCUCCAGUGGCUCAGCAGAUGCUGUCCUUCGUCAUGGACGACCCCGAUUUCGAGAGCGAAGAGGAGCAUGUGCAGAAAGACAAAAAGGACGCCGUCCGUAUCAGGUCCGACCUUCCCGACCUCUCGGACGACGAACUCGUCCCUGUCGAGCCGCUUAAAUCCACCGGACUCUCCUUCAAACCCAAGAACGAAAGCGACCUUUUCGGCCUGGGCUUCGAGGAGAAAAGCGUUAAGAGCAAAGAGAGCAGCGACGAACAAGACGAAAAAGAAAGCAAACACUCCACAAAAGAAAAGAAGAAAAAGAAGAAGAAGAGUAAAGAGGAUGAGGAGAAAAGCGUCAAGAAGAAGAAACACAAGAAGAAGGAGCGUGAGGAGCCAGAAGGAGCCGGAGACGAGAAAGAGAAGAAAAAGAAAAAGUCCCGGAGCAGGAAAGCAGGAGAUCUGGAUGAUCUGGAGGCCUUCCUGGCUGGAGGAGCAGCAUCAGAAAAGAGAGAGGAAGGCGACUAUGAGGAGCUCUAGAGGAUGAAGCGCGGCAGAUUUAUUGUUUUUUCUUUUUCUUUUUUUUUUUAAAACCUGCACUUCUGGUCUCGACAUGUCAUCAGCAUAUCAGCAGCGCAGUUCUAACCUGGUCUGGUGUGUGGUGUGUGUUAAACAGUGAGAUGAUGUUAAAAGCCACUCUCAGGCACUCGUGUAUCAUUUCCACCACGGAGGAGGGAAGAGAGCAGACUCCCGUAACUCCGGCUGCAAUAAGUGGAGAAGCCGUCGAGAUCUCCUGCAUCCUGCAUAGAACUUUUUUCCAGGGUGAAGAAUCGACUGGCUACUUGCUUUCUACUGUAUCUGCCUUUUUCUUUUUUCUUUUUUUUUCCACUUCCACUCCAGAAGUGAAUCAUUCGCCAUUGAUUUAGUAGCUGUUUUUUGUAGGCAUGUGCUGAUAACACAGGGGUUUAGGUUCAAAAUUAUGCAAACUCGUGUAUGUUGUAAUUCCGAGAGCUUCGCUUUGGCUUAGUUCCUCACAAAUUCAAAAUAAUGCUUUCAAUGAAAAUAGAAAUUAACGUUAUUUACCGCAUUAGCUAACGAUCAAACCUUUAGCCAGAACGAACCAGAAAUCAUACAAAACCAACCAGGAAGGAAGGAAUGAAAAGCUUAAAGCAUGGCGUUCUAGGAACAUCAAUGCACUGAUUUAGAUUUAAAAGUAAAGCGGACUUAACAUCGAGUCCUGAGGUACACCUGCUGUUUUCUACACACGUUCUACAGACAUUUCUGUUAAGUGUUGCAUUGUGGCACGACAAAUUACAGCGUAAUACUAAGUCAUACUGCGGUUAAGCUUACGGUAAAUUUCCAACCUCUGAUUAGGACAAAUUUAUGAAAACAUCAUCUCGGUUUGAAAAUUCUCAGCAAGUGACGUCAAAUUGAAACGGCUCCUCGGGGCAUCAGCUUUAAAAGACUGUUAACUUUAACACCUUAACUUUAACUAUUAACACCAUAAUUUUCCUGGUUUGAGUGGGUAACGUUGCUAUGUCGCUAACAUAGACAACCAUCAAAGCAUCCAUGUUUUCUCUUUCUUUUAUGUUAUAUUGAAUGCGUCGUUACUACGUGCUUGAAUAUCAAACAUGCAAAGCAUUUUCCAAAAAUUACACGGAAAUUUUUUAGUUUUUUUUAUUUUUUUUUUUAUUUAAUUCGUUAAAUCCUGACUAGCGACGACAACAUUAUGAAAAUAUCAGGAGCUAAAGAGUAAUAUCGGCACGUGCCUACUCAGUCAUAAACGCAUGACUCUUCCAGUCGGUGUUCAUGCAUGGCUUAGCGUUCUUUACUUACAUUUAGUUUUGGUGUAUAAUGUACGUGACGUGUGCUGUGUACUGUACUUUGUGCCUGUGUAUUUUGUUUCUCCAUUUUCCAAAAAGACGUUCUCGUAGAUUUCAUUUGGAAUGAUACGGAUUUGCGAGGAAUUAUUAUUAUAAUUUUUUUUUUUAAACACGAUUCUCUGCUACUGGUUACUGCUACAAAUAUCGGAAACCUAAACCUGUUUUAUAGGAAUAGUUCAGCCAAAAAUGCUAACAGUGUACAAGAAAUAAAACACCUUUACUACGGAUCAUCGCUAGUCGAUCAGCCAGGAGAAAAUUAGCUUAAAUUCUUUAGAUUUGCGCUGUCCUGACUAAUCGCACACAAAGUAACUCAUAUCACAGCUAAUAAAUAAUUAAUAAACGGAUUGCCAUCAAGAUACGACAACUAGCUACAAAUAUAUUUCGAUUUUAUUUUAGUAAUCGUGUGACGCCGUAGCUCGAAGUAGCUUCUCUUAUUUGUUAUCAAUGUUGCAAAACUAAAGAAAUUAAAUAUCUUCAGACGUUUUUGGCUGAACUAUGUUCAGAAUUUGCUCGGCUCUCAGGUCGGUCAGACAUCCGGGCCACGGUCAAGUCAACUGCACUACCUGUAUAUAAAUAUGUUUUUAGUCGCUAACGGGCGAGUCUAACGGGAAUUCUUCGUACUACCAAACACCAUAACAAACAAGUCAGAAAGGAUACGAGACGUUAAAUAGUUCCAUCCUUUGGUGAGACAUCAAACUUAGAGACAUUUUUCUCCUUCAGCUCAGUCGUAGUCGAUCAGCCGACAUGCGUUUUGUUUUGCUAACGGAUUUAUUUCCUAUUUCUUAAUUUACAUCGUUGCGUUUAAACAUUUUUCCUCCACAGUGAAGUUUUGUUUAUAUGUUUAAAAGAUGAAAAUAAUGCUGAAUCGUCAUGGUUACAAUUGUGGAAUUACAAUUUUUUAGUGUUAAGCUGCACUGCUAGUCAGCCUGAGCUACUGAAAUCUUUUGCUACACAGAAUGCGAGCGGUGUUUAAAGAUUUACUCCGUCACCUGUGCGUUAAUUCGUGACACCUGAUACUAAGUCGGUCAACAGCGUAAAGUGGAUUCGUUUGAUUUAGAAUCGCAGGUCGAUUGUACAUUUAUAUGUAAUUUGAAGGUUUAUCAUUCCAGUUUGUUCUUCACGCAUUGUUCACACACUCCCCGUCUUUCUGUAUACUGGGAUGAUUAAAGAUCACUUCUGCUAGAUGGCACUAGAGUUCAAAAUCCAACUUAAAUUCUAACAUUUAUACCCUCCGACCGACUCUGUUUAUUUUUCCAUCUCUCCUCCGUCGCCAUGAACCGUGUCUUCAAUCCGAAUCUCUCGACUUACCGUUCAAAAGCGUUUGCUACCCGGUUUGAUAAAGCAGGAAACAAAACGCGUGGACGCGUGUCGGCUGAUCCGCUAGAUUCGAGUGGAUUUAAAGGGGUUUGUUUUUCUUAUACCGUUAAACCUCUUGCCCUCCGUAGCUGCUUCAGAGAAGGUCUGAAAAUGACCGCUGUGGAUUAAAUCAUCACGUAGGUAGGAAAGAAGUGUGAGAUCUUUCAGAAACACUGCAGUUCCAAAGACAUUUCCAUUUCAGAUUUGAUGUGGUGAUGUGAGUUUUGCUUUUUCUGAUUCUCAGAAACAUUCUGCAUCACUGAGGACCAGUGGAAACACUAUUAUUAUUAUUAUUAUUAUUAUUAUUAUUAUUAUUAUUAUUGUUGUUGUUGUUGUUAUUGCUUUACUCCCUUAAUGCUUGAGACCAAACCUUGGUAAGUGCAAUGAAUGUUUCAUCUUUUUUUUUUCCUCUCUCUCUCUCUCUCUCUCUCUCUCUCUCUCUCUCUUUCUCUUUCUUUUUCUUUGCAAUGUUUUUGUGUUGAUUUUUUGGAACACUCCAAGAGACUCGAGAAAGAAAACUGUGCUUCUUCAUAUUCAUACGGCUGUAAUUCACCGGGUCCGAGUGUCCGACUCUGCAUGGAGCUCAGACUCUCAAGAUAAUGAAUUGAAAACGACAGACACGCACACAGCUUUGGCUUUCGUAAGAAACAGCACUUUUGAACAGACCCACACUCACGACUGGCUUCCUGUCCGACUUCAUACGACGUUAAACUGUGUGCGAAAACAAAACACAAAUAUAGCACGGACUUUCCUCCAUCA